AUGAUGCGGCGUCGCGAGAGCAACCUGACGCUGGACGAGGAGGAAGACGUGGCUGUAGAGAUCGAACGCAUCGAGCAGCCCUGGAUGGCACCGGAGCUGUUCGAGCAGCUGUGGCUUAACGCCACACAACAAGUGAGUUCCAGCUGUACCUUCACCAAGUACAAGUAUAAAGUUGCUUCUAAAGGCGACAGAACGCGCCGGACAGAGGAAACAGAGACAGAUACCGGUAGCAGCUUCCAGCAGCAAUUCCUGAGAGCUCUGGGGAACGAUCUGGUCGUGUUCCCUCCGAAAUCAGAGCAGGACAAGUUUGUUUUGGCGUAUGCUAGCGUGACCGACCAUUAUGGCCUUAGAACAGUGCUGCUGGUGCGGAUGGAGCAGCUCCAUGACUCGGAACAGAUCGGCAUCACAGUUAAGAACACAGACCCCGUGCACCGCACCAGAAUGACUGCGUUUUUGAGCGUUCUACAGCAACGGAUUCAGCCCGGUAAAGCUCCAAAGAGACCUCAUCCCAGGAGCGGAGACACGAGCAAGUUAUUCCUUGAAGAGAGUGAUCCUGAAGGCACGACGGACUCAGACUCGUCGAUGGCUCCUUCACCGCCAGUCCGGACGCCACCGGCUUCGUCCUCGGCUUCAGUAGAGACGCCUCCUAGACCUAGAGCGACUGUACCAGGUAAUGUACCAAGACCAAUUGAGCGUGGACGAUCACAUACGAUUCGGUACCGUACCGAUCGAGAUAUUUCGUUUGAAGGGUAUUUGAGCAAGAAAAGCGACGUGUUGAUGAGCUGGAAGGCCACGUAUUGCGUACUGGAGGAAGAUACUCUGGCGUUCUAUGAGACUCGCGAAGAUUUCAUCUCCAACUCGAAACUUAUCGGUCGAAUUCAACUUCAGGGUAUCGAGGACGAAGAUAUGGGAAAGCCGAAUGGAUUUCGAGUCAUUGCAGAGGGAAACCACGUCAACCAUUUGAGCUCCAGGACUGCGUUUGAGAAGGAGCAGUGGAAACGAGCCAUCAGUAUUGCUAUUUCUAAAGCUCCGGAGGUGACACGUCCGUAUGUUGCGUUUGCGUCUCAGCCAUUGGAGCCUCAUAAAUUCUAUCGCCUUCUUGGAGCUCUGUUACGACAAGAGAUUGGAGAUUUCCCUCUGCUAUUCCGCAGUAUGCAUCCUGACAUUGUGGUUACGUCCAACUUCCCUCCGAUCGUGCCGUUCUGGGGACAAUAUCGUCGAUAUGACGGCGUGCUAUUGUUCAUUUCGACGUUACUGGAUACCGUUACAGUGGACAAUUUCUCGCUCACCGAAGUCAUCGAGUUAGUGCGUGGUGACGCCGACUGCGUGGACGAGACUGGCGCGAACCAUGACGCUCUCACGCCGUCUCCAAUCACAGCAGACUCGUACGUUUUAUCCCCUAAAUCGACCGAAGCUAAGGGAACUCCUGGUAGCGCAUCGACGCCUUCAGCUCAGUGGACGAAACGAUUGGUUGUCACGGGCAAAGAGACGUACAACUUGCUCAACACGGACAACCGCCGGGUUACGCAGCUGUUUGUGCAUGAAUUAUGGUUAGAUCACAAGGACCGACUGGUUCGCUGGCACUUAAACGGAGAUGCAGUCGCUCUCUCCGUCGCAUUCGACGAUGCCCCACGUGGAGAGAACAUCCGCCUAGUCUUGCCUGGUGAAGCCUCUGCUAUCUCCCAUUCAAUCCCUCCUGGAACGUUCUACGUGCAGAUUUUACGAGCUCAACAACUGCAUUUGUGUGAGACUGGCAACGACCAUGCAGCUAAGGGGAAUGCUCAACACGCGGCGUCUGCGUCUGCUAAGAAAGGGUAUCCAGUGUAUGCACGCUGUAUUCUCGAGGAAGGAACGCAUUUAGAGCAAACGUUACGUGGUUUGGACUUGAAAGAAGGUGAAAAUACGUCCGACGAGCUGCUGAAUGGCGCUCAAAUGGGCUCUCAGAAAGAACAUCGUCGGCCAUCGAAAGGGACGCGGUUCUUCCGAGGUCUUCGACGUGCUGCGGGGAUCUCUGGAGAGCGCGCUGUUGCUACGUUUGGAGAUCCUAGUGGAUGCGUCACGAAUAUCUGCAAGUGUCUGCCAGUUGUGGCUCCAGACGAUCAUCAUAAGGUCGGUACGCUUAACCCGGACUGGUCUAGCAACCUCCGACUUGAAUUUCCAGGCUGUGCUCGAGGAUUCACGUAUUAUCUGAAAGUGGAAGUGUUCCAGAGCCGCUUUAUGCUCCCAGACGAGCUCUUGGGUGUGUGUAAGAUCAACGUCACGCCUCAUUUAGCGCUUGUGAAUGGAUCUGCUGACGCCAAGGCGAACGGCGCUCUCCCUCGGUGGCAUAAUCUGUGUGAUCAGUACAAUGACUGCAAGGAAUCGUGGGCUCCUCCGACGGUGUUUCGUGGUCGUAUUCAGCUCGGAAUCAUCUUCGCGCCUACCGUUACUUCAGCCGAGAACUUCCCUCAAUCCCAAGGCCUUCGACGCAUGGCAAGCGACGGACGAUUAGUGGAAUCCAGACGAGCUUCUGCGGACGAAACGUUACUUCAGAGCUCAUCCAGCUACAACCUCCGCGAGUUCCUUCGAUCCGAUAAAAAAGCGUCAGUUGGAGCGUUCAACUUCCCAUCAGACAAAGGAGGACGCUUCGUGUCUCGCCAGGUUCGAAGCAGGACCGAUUCGUCCAAUAGACGAGCGAACGGAGUCGUGAGUACACAAAAUUUACCACCCAGCAGUGAAGAGAACCGUGAACUUUCACGACUAGCUCGUGAUAACCACACGUUUUCGGGGAAGACAACCAAGUUUGAUGUACCCAAGAAGUACCAGUUGAUCAAGGUGGUGGGGGCUGGAACGUACGGCGAAGUGGUCGCUGCCAGUGACAUCGAGUCUGGCACGACUGUAGCCAUCAAGAAGGUCACGAACGCGUUCCAAGACUUGCCCGAUACCAAGCGGAUUCUGCGCGAAUUGUGUCUCCUUCGACAGCUGAGUCACCCGAAUUUGAUCCAGCUCUACGACGUGCCUCGACCUGAACGUCUGUCGUAUCUAGAAGACAUCUAUUUGGUCACUGAUCUGAUGGAGACAGAUCUGCAUCGCGUUAUUCACUCGACCCAGACACUGACAGACGAACAUGUGGCGCACUUCAUGCGUCAAAUCUUACGAGCGCUGGCAUAUCUACACUCUGCGAAUGUCCUUCAUCGCGACUUAAAGCCGUCCAACAUCUUAGUAACUAGCACGUGUGAAGCCAAGAUUUGCGACCUCGGUUUAGCACGCUAUGUGGAUUAUUCCAAGGCGAAGGAAUCGGACGAUGGGUUUGUGGAGCUGACGGAGUAUGUGGUGACGCGCUGGUAUCGAGCGCCGGAGAUUCUUUUAGACGGAUGCAGAUAUGAUAAACCCUCCGAUUUAUGGUCUGCUGGCUGCAUUUUAGGAGAACUUUUAGGCCGCAAGCCGCUAUUUCCCGGAUCUAGCACCACCAACCAGCUGAACAAGAUCUUUAACGUGCUUGGAACACCCGACAUCGCGUAUAUCUCUAAGAUCCACAAAGAGGCAGCGCAAAAAUGGGUUCAUCGCCAGCGACGGCGCUCCAAGAUUCCGUUUGAAGAGCUCUAUCCGAACGCAAAUCAACAGGCUUUGGAUCUGUUGGAGAAGCUGCUCGUGUAUGACCCCACGCAGCGUAUCACUGCUGUUCAAGCGCUUCAGCAUCCGUACUUACGUGAAGCUUUCCGGUCGGUUAUGGGCGACAAUAGUGGAGAUGAUGAGAUGUUCUUGUACGACCAAACGGAACAGAAAGAGGACCAGUUUGUGGGGAAGAUUGACGAUUCGAAUGAAUACGUGGCCGAGACCAAAGAGGCGAUGCAGAAGGCAGUAUUUGAACAGGUUUGUCACUUUCAUCCUGAAGCCCGAGAGUACGAGGAGUGGUUAGUAAAGCACGACGAGAAGUUCUGCGUAGACCCACAAACGGGCAAGCUGGUGCCUAUCAAGAGUGGAUGA